AUGCCUUUGCGCUCAAAACGGAUACGUGCCAACAUUGAGUGGAAAGAGAUAUACGAAACAGAUAUCCAUCCAAGAAUAUCUGAAAUAUUAACGAAGUAUGGGCUUUCCUUUGGUGUGGACACGCUAGACCGCGUCCAACCCUGGGACGACUCCUACGAAAUAAAGGACGUUAUCACCAUAACCACACACGACGCAAGUCCAAGAAAAGACUGGCAGGAUGCAGCUGAUACAGUACUAGCUAUGGUCAAAGAUAAGGUUCCCAUCCAUGUGUCGCAUCCCAUUCAAGUUGAAAUAGUCAACCUUGAUAAGAUGUACCAGGAUGUAUCUAGUCCAUUGCCAAAUGACCGAUCCAUUGUUGGCCCGCUCGAGCAAGUCAAAGACCGGAUUGUGGAAGAAAUCUCAGCAUCCAUGCAGGGUGUAUGGUCAUCCAUUGCAUUUCAUAUGCGUCACCGCCGAGACAACUUCGAUGGACCUAUGAAACCUACUAUCCUCGUCAUAUGUCGCCCUCAUUCUAUAUGUGACUUUGCUGAGGCCGAAGAUCGUCUCCUUGAUAUCUUAAACGAAUUAGAUAUCUCGGUAUACUUGGAGUUCCUUCCAGGGAGAGUUUUUGCAAAUCCAGGACCUAGGCCACUGCCUAUGCGCAUUCAUGUGGAAGACCUCCCUGAAAAGCCGACAAAUGGGAGUUCAAUCGGCGUCAAGGGAAACGAAACAAGGGCUGGAACAUUGGGAGGCUGGCUUAUACUCAACCUCCCAAGAGAACAACGACAAAUAAAAUGCGCCCUAACUUGCUAUCAUGUCAUUAGAGGUGAUGAUAGUAGCGUCACGGACUACACCGAUACUCAUGGUGUUCACUGGAAUGACACUCGCGGACAACUAACCAUCCAAUACCCUGCCGCCAUAGAUGCAAGAGCUGCUCUCGACAAUUUAGACAAACUGUGCCAUAAUUUCCCGGGUGAUCAGAACUUAGAAAAACAAAGAAAUAUGGUUUCAGGCCUCUUGUUAGGACCUGGUAUUGGGAAAGUCGUCCUUGCAUCCGGAAGUCAAGUUCGCAAUAACCACCGGGUUGACUGGGCUCUCAUAGAAAGUCCAGAAACAUUCUCAAAAAAUAAGCCCCCUUCUAUUCGGCAAGGCAAUUUCAUGUCACCACCUGCCGGUCAUAGGUAUGCUCCGCAUCCUGGCACCAAGGUAAGACAAUUUGACAACGUCCAUGAAGACGAUUGGGUUGUUAAGCUCGGGAGAUUUACUUUGACAUCUGGGAUCAUCAAUGGUAUGAAAAGAGUUGAAUGGUACCCCAACUCUGUUACCGAAGAAAUCGAGGUUAUGUCUCACUACGCUGAUAUUGCGGUGGACGGUGAUAGUGGAGCCUUUGUUGUCAACGAGCAUGGGCAUUUAGUUGGUUUGUUAAUUGCAGUAGCGAAGGAAUCCACUUCCUUCAACACUGCUUAUAUUACGCCCUUUGAUGCAAUCCAAGCCCACAUCAAGGAGAUGACAAAUGGAGGCUUUCUCUCAUUUGACUAG